AGUAUAGAUCACCAAGUGUUAUAAAUCCUCCCUCUUUAAUCUCAUUAGUUGACUUCCCUCUCUCUCUUCACCCCCAUCUUUCUCUCCCCACUUCACCAUUCAUAGAAAAAACAAAAAAACAAAAUUUGAAACAAACACACCAUGCAAAAAUGAAACCCAACAACCAAACCACAACCUCAAAACUCAUCCCUAUAAUUCUCCGUUACUUCACCAUCUCUGUUUUCCUCUUCCUCCCUCUCCUCCUCCUCCUUUUCUCUCUCCAAACAACCCCUUCUUCCACCACCACCACCACCACCACACCAGGUAUUCGCAUUCGACCAGGUUACGCCUCCUACGAAUCCUACAUUCAAAAACAACUCAACAAAACACUCAACCCAAAACUACGUCAUAUUUGGACUACUCGAGAUUGGGACCGUAAGAUCCGAGUAUUCUCUACCUUCUUUUCACACCUCAAAAACUCAUCUUUUUUAACCAACUCUUCUAAAGCGCUUUGUAUUGGUGCGCGUGUUGGGCAAGAAGUUGAAGCUCUUAUUCGAGUUGGUGUUCGAGACUCAAUUGGUAUCGACCUCGUAUCGUGUCCUCCUCUUGUUAUCCAUGGCGAUUUUCACCACCAACCCUUCCCGGAUAAUACAUUCGACUUUGAGUUUACUAAUGUGUUUGAUCACGCGCUUUAUCCGGAGAAAUUUGUCGGAGAGAUUGAACGGACGUUGAAGCCUGGAGGUGUUUGUGUAUUACAUGUGGCUAUUUCUACGCGCUCUGAUAAGUAUUCUGCUAAUGAUUUGAUGGGUGUGGAUCCGUUAGUGAAACUGUUUAGAGGGUCUCAGUUAAUACGGGUCAAAAAGGUUGACGGGUUUGGGUUAGAUACUGAGCUUAUUUUUCGUAAAAGAAAAUUGGGGUAAAUACUAAAAUUGAUUAGAGCAAGUCUUACGUUAAAUGUUCUAAGGAAUUUUGUUCUGUUACUGAUCCGCAUUUUACAGUUUUUUUUUUUUUUUUUUUUUUUUUUUUUUUUCUUUACUUCCUUCGCCAAAAUUUAGCUUAGGAUGAAGCAAAAGGUCAUUCAUAAGAUGAAAUCUUGACCAUUUAUUACUUGUCCCAAAUUAGUUGAUUUUAAAGCCAAACAUGUCAUAUAAGAUCUUACUAGAUUUGUAUUUAUCAUUGUCUAUUUAUAUAUCCAAGUAUUAUAUA